AUUUUAUCCUUUUUCCAAUCACCCUUCAAUUGCUUUAAAUCAAAAAUGGAGUAGGUAGGUACUACAUAAAUAAUCAUCAGAAUAAACUAAAUAAUGUCAGGCUACCAUAAAGCAACUUCCUGGAUGAACAAAAGAUCACCUUGCUAACCCUUCUUCUGAUCCUCUUUAUUGGGUAUACAAAAGACUCAAAUAUUAAGAUCAUUUUUACUGGAUAAACCUGAAUCUUUUCACAGUACUUAUCCAUUUUGGUCUGCUGUGUUCCAGCGAAACGCAAGCCAAGUUCAUCCAGGGGCGCAUACACUCGGUGGAGAGGAACAUAGCGGAGUUCUGCAACAUCUUUGGGCAGUACUCCCGCAAAAUCGCCCGAGUCAGGGACAAAGGCGAUGAAUUAGCUAGGACGACGUUGUCCAUCGCCGAAAGCGAAACCAUCAACAAAUCCUUGGCGAUGGGCCUGGAGAAUUUCGCCGAUUGCGUGUCUCUGAUCAGCGAUUACGGGGAUCUGAGGGUGCAAGCCGUCGAUACCAAAGUGGUGGGAGAGUUUACGAAGUACGAGGAUAUUUGCAAGCAAGUGAAGGAGGAAGUCAAGGAGAUUUACUGUACAAGAGACAGGGAGAUAUCCAAGAAGAGGCAAUUGGAUAGACUGAGGGAGAGGAACCCGAGGAGUCGACAGCAGAUUAUUCAGGCGGAAACAGAAUUGGUGAAAGCCACAGCAGAAGUAUCGAAAUCUAUUCACAGCCUCGAAGAGAAAACCAAUAACUUCGAAAAACAGAAAUUGCACGAUAUCAAGUCUAUAUUGUUGGAUUUUAUAGCAGUUGAAAUCGGGUAUCAUUCGAAAUGUUUGGAAAUUCUAACGAGGGCUUUCAACGACGUACAAUCUAUUAACGAAGAAGCGGAUUUAGAGGACUUUCAAACUGUAAGGGAACAUCUAGAACUGGAAUUCAAGAAGAGCCUUCGUCUUCCCGAAACUGGUCAACAGAAAUUCAUGGGCAAAAACACGCUCUUCAGAUCGACGGGCUCCUUGGGAUCUUUGGGGAAUAUAUUCUCUUCCAAUCAAAAGAAACGAACCCCAGGCAUUCCAGAUCUGAACAAAUUGUCCAAGAGCGAGGAGACUUUGGAUUCGAUUAAAAACAGUGCAACCGAUACAGAAGAAUCCGAUGAAGAUACCGUGCAAGAUGUUACAAUUUCCAGCGAGGAUUACGUGGAAGAAGUUGAAGUUGGUAAAAAGCCAUCUCCUAUUGUUGUAAGGAAGUAUAAAAAAUGAUAUUUUUUAAUAGUCUUUUGUGUUUUUAUGGAAAUUAUAUACAUUAAGAUUCUUUACGUUUCAAUUUCUUUUACCAUUAUGUGCUAUCGAACACUCUCAUUGGAUUCAUUAAGUUCUAUAGUAUUGAAAUUCAUAAUUACGUUGACUUUUAUUUAUAUGAAAGAGCCACAUUACGAUUAUAAUUUAAUAAAGCUAGGUGUGUUUAUUUGUAUGUAUGUUUACAUUACUUAGUAGUAAUUAACGAUUUAUGAAUUCAAUUGUGAUAAAUUAUUAUUAUUAUAAAUAUUUAA